AUGUGCCACGGAAAGUGUUUACUUGAUUGGAUCGCAUCCCAGGAACAAAACACUACGCGAGCUGGCGGUCCGAUCAAAUGCCCUCAAUGCGGCACAGAAUACACUGUCGUCAGCUACCAACCCACUCUUUUGAAAGUAUUCGACGCUAUCCAUACGCGGAUAGUCCUCCUUGGUGCUGCAUGGGGCAUCACCGGACUCGUCGUCACCGCGGCUGGCACCGUCGUCCUCCUAGGCUGCUUCUACGGUUCUGAAGCAUUCUCUGCAUUCGUCGGUAAACAGUGCUACGACCUGAUGGUCGGCGACGAUUCGAGUAAAUGGCCUGUCUGGCUCUGGUUUGACUUUGGCGCCAUCCCAUGGACAUUGUACAACGUCGGAUACAACCGUUCCUUUCUCUUCAAUUUUUCCAGCAUCAUAUGCGCGUUCCCAUUCUCUGUCGCCGCCCCACAUGGCGAACCAGAGGGACCAUUCAUCUUCCCUCCAUCUCCAUUCGCCAGCCUUGCCAUUCUCCCAUUCCUCAUUAGCGCAAGAAACGCUAUUUACGACCGAUUAUCUGCAUGGGUUACGCUCAAAGCCGCACGACCCAUCCACGACCGGUCGCUCCACAAAGAGAUCAAGCCCGGCUCACGAAACGUCUCUUUACACUUUCUCAAUUUCCGACGCCGAAGGGUACGGAAUGUAGAAGGACAACAAGCACCCGUCAUUCGUGCGGGCCAAGUCGCUGCAGCCGCCGCCCAACAAGGUCGUAUGGCAGGUCCAGUGGGGGACAAUAUCAAUCGUGUUUUGCGUGGUAGUCGGAUAGGGUCAGCGUUUAUCAAGCCAUUGCUAACGCCAUGGAUCGCAAAGUACAUGGGCUCGAUACUGCUCAGUCUAUCCGAUCGUUUCCCAUUUCUCAAGCCGAUGCUAGGCCUACGAAGUCGCUCGAUGCCAAUCAUUCUGUACAAAGGUCUACGAACGGUCGGGUUGCAGCAAACCUGGCGAUGGAAUGACUUGGACCCUGUCUGGUGGAGGAAUACGCUCGGAUUGUCGGUAUUUAGCGUUUGCUACGACGGUCUCCAGCUGUGGUACACCUAUCUCAUUGAACGCGAACGACUGAGCAGACGCAUCGUUUCUCGCUCCUUUGAAGGUAUCGAUAUCAACGAGCUGGACCUCAUCUCUGAUUCCUAA